AUGACUAGGCUUUAAUUUUACUUAAUUAAUUUAAAAAUAAAGAGUUAACUUAAAUUGAUAAAUUAAUACUAAAACACCUUCAAAGAACGGGAAAACCUCAUGGUACUAAAAGACUUCUUAAUGAAUGAAAAAAAUGAUAAAAUCCAUUUCACAUUUGGUUCUUAUCUACAAUUUAAAUUAGGAAGCAUGGAUCUUUAAAAAAAAAACGUAAAUCCCCAGACAAUUUGCAAAAUUUAACAAUUUUUUGAUUUCAUCAUUUCGAAUAAAUUACUUGUUUUAAUUCAAGAUAAUGAUGAAAGAUUGGGAGUCAUAGUUAAAAAUUAUAAAAAAUUUUUCGAAAAAAUAAGUAUUUUAAUAUCACAAUAGAAUAAGCCACAUAUAAUGCCUAAUUUAAAAAUAUAGUUUUCAAUUUCAAAGAAUAUUUCCAAAACAUUGUAAAAAUCAUUAAAAUUAUGAGGCUUAGCGAAAGGAAAUAAUAUUGUGAGAAAGAAUAACUUGAAUAGAAAAAAUUGAAUGAAAUCAAUUUGUUUUAAUAACUUAAAUAUCUUAUGAGACUAUUAGAAUAAAUUAUAUAAGAAGCAAUUUAAGAUAUUAAUGAUAAUCGAAAUGAACCUUAUGAAGGCAUAAUGCUUUAAUAAGAGAUAGAAAAGAUUUAGAAGAAAUUAUCAAAUUUAAAUCUAAAAAAUAAAGAAUUUUCUGUUGUGAAUAAGCUUAAGUAGAAGCUACUUGCCUUAUCUAGCGCAACUCUUAACAAGAGAAGUUUUUAGAAAGAAGCUGAAUGUGUUUUAAAACUAAUUCUAUAAACUGAAAAAAAAGCCUCAGAGCUAGAAGUCUUGUUAAUUCAAAAGGAGAACUUAAUUCAGUAUUUUCAAAAUUUAUUGAAUAACCUAAAUUUCUAUUAUAAACACCAGAUCUAAAAACUUCAAAAAAAACUUUGAUGAAUUUAUUGAAAGUUUUAAAGCGAUUCUAAUUUUACAAGAUGAAAUAGAGUCUGUUUCAUAACCUGAAAAAUUAAAAGAAAUUAAAUUACAAUGUUCUUACAAGCUUUCAUUUUAAUGUAUGCAAAAAUAAAGGUUGAACAUGUAAAAGCUUAAAUUAUCAUCAGAAGAAUUUUAAUAAUUAAAAGAUGUUAUCAAGUUGGAUGAGUUUUUACAUGAUAUAAUUAUACAUUAUCCAUAAAAAUUAAUCGCCUGUCACAACUAAUAUUAAAAAUAUAUAUUACCUGAAUUAAUAACAAUGAAAGUCCCUGAAGAAGGCCUGCAAAAUAAUUUAUCUAAGUAUCAAGGAACAAUAGAAUAUUUAAUAUUUAAAUUAAGCAUAAUAGAUGAAUAAAUUAUUCAGUCAGAAAAAAAAGAUUUAGAGUUGAUUCAGAAGGAAUUCGAAGAAUUAUUGAUAGAAGAAUUUAGGUCAAUUUAACUAAUAGAAAGAAUAAUGAAGAUGAUUGGAGAUAUAUCAAUUGAUGAAUCAAUAAAAAAUGUGGCUAAUGAAAAAUUUAAUCAAUCAUAAUUGAUUAUAGAAAUAUGA